AACACUCUCCAGCUGUUCAUAAGCUGAAGAAUUUUUAGCGCAGCACAACGUGGUUCUUGUAAAUAAAGACAAAUACAUAAAAUUCCAAAUAAAUAAACAAGAUGUUCCGCCUGCAACAAUCCCAACCUGACCCAGCGGAGGAGCAGAAGCGAGUUGCCGCCGAAGUACGCUUCAACUUUAUUCUUUUCGGCACAAUCUGCGCUGCCAUCAGACUGGCUCCCGUAGUGCUGCAGCAUUUAAACACGUCCUAGGAUUAAAGUCGUUAUCAUUUAAUGGAAACUAAGAAGUUAAGGAGAGCUACAAAUUAUUUAGUUGUUCAAGAAAUUUAGUCAAGACUCCUAUCAACUGGCACUAAUUGCAUUUAUCAGAAGGCACUUUGACUAAUUUUAAAAUCAUGCUUAACUCAAGGCAUUUUUAACUAUUGAAGAUUCUAAAACUAUCAAAAAUGAACCAGUUAUAAAUAUGUUGAAAAUUGAAUAAAGAUCAAGAUUUAAGCAAGA